AUGAAGGGAUAUAAGAAUACUGGCCAGCUGGUUCCUGAAAGUGGUGCUGCAAUUGAGACAAAGGAUCGUUGGGAUCGAACACCACUAUCACAUGCUGCGGAAGUGGGACAUUGGAUCGUUGCUAAAGUGCUUCUUGAUAGAGACGCCGCAAUGAAGACAGUGACCAUUGGGAACGAACCGCACUCUCACGCGCUGCAAAGAUGGGACAUGAGAGUUAUCAAGCUGCUUCUUGAAAGAGGCGGCGAAAGCGCAGCCGAUGGACCCUUUAUGAGAUUCGAUGUGCCUGGGACCGAACAAUCCGAUUCGAAACGGCCCCGUGUUUACUUCCUCCUUCGCCCCACAGCCCGAGGCCGUCAGAGACUCCAUCUUGUACAAGGACCACUUCAUGAAAGGCACCGUCUGGGCCGAUGCAUGCCGGUCCUGGUACAAGCCCACACCGGACGGGCCUGUGACCGCGCUAUGGCCGGGCUCGACAUCGCACUAUAUGGAAGCGAUGGAUGA